GACAGACAAGCCGGCACCGGAGAGUGAGGACCCAAGAAGGAAGGAAAGAGAUGCUGACUUCCGGCGGAAUCUGAAGACCAAGGUUCAAAACCACCUGUGCUACUUGCUGCUGUGAUCUCAGGCAGGAGACCUCUCACCUCUCAGCCAUCACACACUUUCCUGUGAAAUGGGGACCGGGACCGUCCCAGCACUGAGUCACCGUGAAUGACGACACAAAUGUCCCUGUGGUUGUUGUGAAACCAUCUAGUCCUCAGCAUCAUCUACAAAGACAUCCAUCUGCAGGUUCUCCCAGGCCUCGUGACUCCCAGAGCCUGAGAGGUUAGCACACAAGGGCACACACGUCCACGUGAGGCACUGAGGACACAGCCAGCAUGAACUGGGGAUUUCUCCAGGGAAUCCUGAGCGGUGUGAACAAGUACUCCACAGCACUGGGCCGCAUCUGGCUGUCUGUGGUCUUCAUCUUCCGGGUGCUGGUGUAUGUGGUGGCGGCAGAGGAGGUGUGGGACGACGAUCAAAAGGAUUUCAUCUGCAAUACCAAGCAGCCAGGCUGCCCCAACGUCUGCUAUGACGAGUUCUUUCCCGUGUCCCACGUGCGCCUCUGGGCCCUGCAGCUCAUCCUGGUCACCUGUCCUUCCCUGUUAGUGGUCAUGCACGUGGCCUAUCGUGAAGAGCGAGAAAGGAAACAUCGCCUCAAACAUGGGCCCAACGCCCCAGCCCUAUACAGCAACCUGAGCAAGAAGAGGGGUGGCCUGUGGUGGACAUACCUGCUGAGUCUCAUCUUCAAGGCUGCUGUGGACUCGGGAUUUCUCUAUAUCUUCCAUUGCAUUUACAAGGACUAUGACAUGCCCCGAGUGGUAGCUUGCUCUGUGACUCCCUGCCCCCACACUGUGGACUGUUUCAUCGCCCGACCCACAGAGAAGAAGGUCUUCACCUACUUCAUGGUAGUCACGGCAGCCAUUUGUAUUCUACUCAACCUCAGUGAGGUCGCCUACCUGGUGGGCAAGAGAUGCAUGGAGGUCUUCCGUCCCCGGCGCCGGAAAGCUUCCAGGAGGCACCAACUGCCAGAUACGUGCCCACCGUAUGUGAUCUCCAAAGGAGGUCACCCUCAAGAUGAGAGCGUGAUCCUAACAAAGGCCGGGAUGGCCACGGUGGAUGCAGGUGUGUAUCCAUGACCUGCAGGUAGGGUUAUGAGGUGACUGUCUGUCCACUGAAGCCACCCAGGAAAAUGGGCGAAGGGAGUGUGGUCUUCUGCAGCAGGUCAGGUGGGAAACAUGGCUGUGGGGACCCCAGAAGUUCAUCCAAGAGCUAGCAGAAGAUGGGAAGCACCCUUGAGUCCCUAGAACUUGAGCCUCCAGGGACUUGAUGGCUGGUGGGGAUGUUAUAUUUGUCAAUGAGGACCUCAACUCCAUUAAUAAAUAUGAUGUUCCCAGUG